CAGAUCGGCGAAGUCGCCCGCAUAGUCCACUACCUCCGCAAACACCUCGUCAACCGCACCAUCGCUUCCUGCCAGGGCUUCGACGACGACAUCGUCUACGGCAAAGUCGGCUGCACCGCCACCGCCUUCUCCCAAGCCUUCACCGGCAAGCGAGUCUCCCUCGCCGGCCAGCAAGGAAAAUACUUCUACCUCACGCUCGCCGAGUCCAAAGUCCACUCGGUUCUACACUUGGGAAUGACGGGAUGGAUCAAGUUUAAUAUUGAGGAAACGGGAUACUAUCGCCAGGGAAAGGAUAAACCUGUGACGGAAGAGUGGCCGCCGAAAUAUGUCAAGUGGUUGAUGAAGAUUGAUGCCGAGGGGGAGAGGGAAGCGUUGGAGGUCGCGUUUGUGGAUCCGAGACGGUUGGCGAGGAUUCGGUUGGUGGAGUGUGAGGCGGGGGAGAUCAGAAGGGUGUCGCCGUUGAAGGAGAAUGGGCCGGAUCCGGUUAUUGAUAAGGAUAUUGUCACUUUGGAAUGGAUGACUGCGUUGAUGAGAAGGAAGAAGGUGCCUGUGAAGGGACUACUGCUUGAUCAAGCGAAUAUCUCCGGGGUGGGGAAUUGGGUCGCCGACGAGGUACUGUACCAAGCACGCCUCCACCCCGAACAAUACAGCAACACCUUCUCCGACGAGGAGAUUGGACGACUAAGAGACGCGCUCUUGGAAGUCACAGGCAUCGCCUGCGCGACACUUUCCGAUAGCGAACAAUUCCCCUCGGACUGGUUGAUGAAGCAUCGCUGGGAUAAAGGGAAGAAGGCGAGUAAUGUGCUGCCGAAUGGGGAGAAGAUUGUGCAUUUGACGGUUAGUGGGAGGACGAGUGCGAUUGUCCCGAGUGUGCAGAAGAAGACGGGGAAUGUGGCGGGGGAUUUCAAGGAGGAUGAUGUGGAGGAUGGUGCUGAAGAGAAGAAGGAGAAGAAGAAGCCGCCUGUUGAGGACGAGGUCGAGGAGGCGGAAGAGGGGGAACAUGAGCCUGAGCCGAAGAAGGUGACCAAGGCGAAGAAGUCCAAAGCCACACCGAAAAAGUCCGAGUCCACGCCCAAGGCAAAAGCAGCACCGAAGAAGGCAGAAAAGCAAGCUACGCCUGGUGAGAGGAAGUCCACUCGAACACGGAGAUGA